AUCAAACAUUACCGAAAUAACGUGAUUUAUUCGUCGACACAUUCACGCACACACAAGAUAGCUGUUAUUCCCAGGUAGGAGUAAAAUUGAGCUCAAACAUCCGCCAACAAAUAAUCCACCCAUAAUCCUCGAUCACUCUAAUUUCAUUCCCAACAAGCUACAGGCCUACAGAGCAUAUUCCUAAUUCAUAUUCAUAGUUUUGUGUUCUGAAUGAUGGCAGUGCGUUGGAGUCUGACGUUGUGGCUGGGUAAGAUGACGUGGGUGAGUUUGAGUACUUGGAUUAUAUCUUGCUUGACUGUUGCUAAUCAGAUUGCUAUCUCUAUCCGCUCUGGCGAGAUUGGUCCUUUCAAUAUCGGCUAAUUCUGACUCUAUUAUGUACAUUAGGUGAAGGCCUAUGAUUUAUGUAAUGCUGCAAGAGAUCCAAACAAGACAGCCAAUCUGGACAAGAAGUCCAAACCAAUACUUGCCCAAAUACCAGGUUCAUUUUCUAUUAGAAUAAGGAUCCUGAGUUAUACCUCAGGAAACUUUUUCAGGCAAUAAUUUAAACUGCUUUGUUUUAGCAUAUAUUACAUCAAUUAUCUAACUUCCAACGUUCCUAAUUAAAAAACAAGGUGAAUGAAAAUAUAUAUUGAACCGAUGGGUGGUUUGACAUUUUGACAUAAUUUAAAAUGAUUACUUUUGUGUUUUUAACAUUUUAAUUUAAAAAAAUUAUAUUCACAUUUAGUAUAAUCAAGGUGCCUAUAGUGAUAUGUGCUAUGAAAUAUUACUUUUGUUCAGUACUAUAGGCACUGUAAUAUAUAUAAUUACUUUGAAAUACAAUAUAGACCCUACGGAAUGUUAGUUUGUUUUAUUUCUAUACGAAAAGGCGAUUUGGUAGACCAUAGAUAGUUAAGUUUUAGAAUGACAGUGUUCUCAUUGUACUCUUGAGGAGGUUUAUCUCGGGAUCGGUAUUCUCAUGUUAUAUAAGUUCAAGUUUAGGAAAAUACAGAAAUCAUUCUGUCUAGUUUAGGAAAAUACAGAACCAUUCAGUUCCCGGUUUCCAUCAAUAAGUUUAUGGCACCUGAUCGACCCUGGACCAGCCUUUACCACAUGUUAUAUUAUUUAUAUAUAUGCAUAUUACUAUUAAAAUUGCUCAUAAAGUCACAACUCUAAAGUCAAAGUUCGUAUAUUCUAUUCAUCUUCCUUCCUUCAAUAAAUUAUCUUUAUUAAUUUCAUUUCUUAUUUAUUGGUAUAAAUUAUAACAUAAGUAAUUAUACUUUCUCUGUAGUAAACAAUAUCUUUUCGAAGAUGCAAACAUUGAAGAACACACAAAACUCUUUGAACCUGCAUCCCAAGUCUCAUAACCCCUUGUCAUUCUCAGAUAAAAUAUCAAAGACUCCUUUUUUUAACCAAGAAUUAGAUCCGCACUCAUGUCUUACAAAAAUACCGAGAGUCACAGAACAUAGUUACCAUGUGAUGCCAUGUCCUCAAACAGACUAGAUAGUUGAGCUAUGCUUUCGCCUAUGAUGAAAUUUUUUGGGCCUUCUCUAUUUUCUUAUAAGCUGUGUCCAAAUUAUACAAACUUAUAUAUGGCCCAUGCUGUAAUUUGCCCCGACCCAUGUAAUUAUAAUAAUAAGCAAAAGAAUUAAGCGCCAUAUAAAUACAUAUACAAACAGUCAGACACGCAAGGGGAAGCAAUACAAACUUGAUAAUAAAAGGGAAAUUCUUUUUAGUACCACCGUAGAAUUGGCUUUUCUCUCUCGGGCCAUUAGAUAUAUGCUUUUCUCUCAGCAGUGCCUAUGUGGCAUUGUUUUCCAAAAAAUAAUACCCAUGUAGGGUUAAAAAUGGGGUGGAGAAAAUGGGGAACCCGCCCCGACCUGUCCCGAAUGGGGCAGAUCCGCCCCGCUAAUAUGGGGAAUGGGGUAGCGACGGGGAAUGAUUUUUUGCCCCGCCAAAAUAUGGGGCAAGUAUGGUAUUUGUUGAAUCCCCGCGGGGAUUCCCCGCCCCGCAUAUAUUUAAUAUAAAUAAAUAAUUAUAUUUAAUAUGAUAUAUUCAUUAUAUUUAAUAUUAUUAUUUUAUAAUACACAAAAGUAUAAUAUACAAUGUAUAACAUGUCUCUUUGAUUUCUAUUAUAUUUAAUUUUUUGCUUUUAAUAUUCAUGUCUGGUAUUUUUUUAUUAAAUUCUGAAAAAAAAAUUACUAAAUAUUAAAGUAAUUAUAUAAAGUGUAAUAUUAUAGCAGCGGGGCGAGGCGGGGCGAUAUUAUAUUAAAUCCCCGAUGGGGCGGGGAUGGGGAUUAAAAAUAAAUCCCCGCGGGGAAUGGGGCGGGGACGGGGUAGGAAAAAUAUAUAUGGGGCGGGGCUGGGAAAUGAAGUCCCCGCCCCGAACCCGCCCCAUUUUUAACCCUAUACCCAUGCGGUUUUGUUUUUCAAGCAAUAGUAUCCCUCCGUCCAUCCUAACAUUAAAGAAACAUUAAAAUCAGAUUCAAACCCUAUUCUAGCGCCAAUUCUGACAAAUGAUAGUAUAAAAGAAUGAAAAGAAAUAGACGAAAUUUUUAAAAAAAAACAAAACAAAAAAAAAGACAGGGACAUAAUUAAGUACAAACUGUUAUGAUGUUAUUGCUAGACUAUAUUUUUUUAAAAUCUAACUACAAUUUGAACUAACAAAUUAAAGACGGUUAUAAAAAGACACCUGCCAGUAGUAAAUCCUAUUUAAAAACCUUAGCGAUGUUGUCAAAAUGUGUGGGUUGCUGUGUGUGAUCGCAAUAGAUAUGAAUUUUUCCUUUUGGUGAUACUUUAAAAGCUUUUGAACCAAUCCUCUAAUACCGUUAUUUAAAUGUUAAUACUUGUUUGAUGCUAAACAAGUGUAUAUAUGCAAUAAUAUCAAGUAAAUGUUUUUUUUUUGUUUUUUUACUGUAAUUUGUUAAAAUUGGCGCCAAAAUAAGGUUUGGAUCUGAUUGUAACGUUUGGAUGAACAAAAGGGUAUUAUUGUUUGGAUAACAAAACCACAUUGAUACCGAGAGAAACGAAUAAUGUAAGGGCACUAGAGAGAAAAGCCAUUUCCAUGGUAGUACUAAAGAGAAUUUCCCGUGAUAAAAAGAUAAUCUCAGUGGGAGUGGGGAGUGGAAAGAGUGUGAAGCAUGAAUAGAGCUAGAGCACUAACAAGAACUAGCUCACUGACAAUAACAAGAACAAAUAGUAAAACGUGAAACAAAAACAAGUCUGUCUUCUACUCUUCAUAUGUUAUAUGUUGGGGAUUUUCAUAUGCUAUAUGUUUGUAUUUAUUAUUUUUUAAUUAAUGUUAAUUAUUUCAUAGUUAUGCAGAGAUAUUUUUGUAAAGAAAGAUGGAUGAUAUAGUUAUUCAAGAACCCCAAUAAAAGAGUCAAGCAGUCCAAGUGUUUGUCCACGUGUUAAGAUAAUGAAUUACUAAUAAAUCCGGCCAAACAAAAGAAUAUUUAUGAUUUGAUGCUAUGAUCGAGAAAUGACAAAAAGUUAUUACUUGCAAAAUGGACCGUUUAACCGGAGAUGAGUAUUCCAUGGAAACAGUUUGGGGAUAUAAAAUGUAGAUUUAUCUCCACUGGGUUCAACAACCACCCGAAUUUUCUAUGGAGAUACAAAGCAUGAUGAUUGGUUCCUGCAAAACUAAAUGGAUCUGGAACUUCGUCGAAAUACGGUUGAAACCAGAAAGCAUUUAAUUCAUCCACUGAAUUGUUCAUAAAUUUAUCUAUGCUUCGCAUUAGAAUUGUAGAUGAAUGGUUAAAUGAUAUAUCAGUGACAUAUGUGGAGCUGAGUCAUUUUUUGAACCAUCAAGUCAUAAGAUAUAAUUUAAAGGUUUCAGAAUAUGAAACCUUGUAGAAUAGCGUUGUAAGUUGCAAUUGAUUAAACAAACUUGCUUUUGAUAUAAUAUUUAUAUCUUCUAUAAUUAUAUAUUAGUUGGAAAAAAAAUAGUGUAUUUUGGCCCUCUCUCACAAAACUUCCUAAAUCAUCCCAGGUCCGCUACUGUAGGUUAUGAAAUAUGUCCUUUUUUGGUUAGUAGGAUUGUGACAACUUAUGAUACUAUUCUGUAGAGCUGUUUUUUGGGGGUUUAAGCUAGCAUUUCUAUGUUCUGUUCUGCUUCUAUUAUUUUCAGCCUCUUGUCUCACUUUCGUUUGCAUAAACCCUGUCUUGGCUUCUGGGGGAGUCGAAGCAGGGAGCUGCAACUGCAGAGAACUAAUUGCCCUCACUCUGUGUUUUCCUUUUUCCAAUGUUACAAUAAAAAUGUAUCAAAGUUUGUCACGAGUUCUACAUUCUUACUAAAAUGC